CCGAAAUUGCAACUCCCCCUCCCCCCCGCUGCAGCCAAUACUUUGUACAGUGCGCAAAAAUGUCGCUCACUGAAUGUCCGGCAUAUGAGAUCGCGAAAACUGCAUCGGUAGCGUCUCGUCACCUAGCAACAUUGGCAGACGCUGAUCGCAAGGAGGCACUGACGGCGCUACACGAUGCGUUAUUGAAGGAUAAAAACAAAAUCCUCGAGGCAAAUGCAAGAGAUCUUGAAAUAGCUACUAAAGCGGCUGAAAAUGGUGAUCUCAGUCAAAGUGUUCUCAGAAGAUUAGAUUUGUCCAAACCCGGAAAAUAUGAUGAUAUGCUGAACGGGAUUUUGGGCGUACGAGAUUUGGAUGAUCCCAUCGGGAAAGUGACACUCAAAACCCUUAUCGAUGACGGUCUCAUUCUGGAAAAAGUUAGCUGUCCUAUCGGGGUCUUGCUCAUAAUCUUCGAGGCGCGGCCCGAGGUUAUCGCGAACAUAGCUGCCCUUGCCAUCAAAUCGGGAAAUGCGGCAAUUCUCAAAGGCGGCAAGGAAUCGACUGAAUCGUUCGUUGCUAUCUCAAAUGUUAUUUCAGAAACUAUCGCCGGUACCAAGGUUCCUCAGUCGUCCAUACAGCUUGUCAAAACACGAGAUAUCGUCUCAUCUUUGCUGGAACAGGAUUCAUUUAUUGACCUAGUGAUCCCCCGAGGUUCCAAUGACCUGGUUCGAUUUGUGAAGGAUAAUACGAAAAUUGCAGUGCUUGGUCAUGCUGAUGGUCUGUGUUCUGCUUAUAUCCAUUCUGAUGCUGAUCAAGAAACUGCACUGAGAGUCGUCGUGGAUUCGAAAACCGAUUACCCUGCAGCAUGCAACUCUCUAGAAACUCUUCUCGUCCAUCAAGAUGUCCUUGGGGACAUUUUCCCUGCUGUUGCUGAGGCUCUCUUCGCUAAGGGGGUGUCUCUUCGUUGCGACGCGUCAAGCCGGGAUGCAUUACUUAAGACCCUGAAAAGCCCACCACCGGCAUUGAUUCAGAGUGCUGUUGAUUCUGACUACCAAACUGAGUUCUUGGAUCUUGUUUUGGCAGUUAAGACAAUCGCCCCAACACCCGAAAACUCUGCUCUUGAAACCGCUAUAGCUCACAUAAAUUCGCAUUCUUCAAGACACACAGAUGUGAUCGUUACAAGUUCAAGGGACGCUGCUCAGGCUUUUAUGCACGGUGUGGACAGCGCCGGUGUAUUCUGGAAUGCAUCCUCAAGAUUUGCGGAUGGCAUGAGGUAUGGAUUUGGUACGGAGGUUGGAAUCAGCACGAACAAGAUUCACUCAAGGGGCCCGGUCGGAUUAGAUGGCUUGACAAUCUAUAAAUAUCUUGUGCGGGGUGCGGGUCACCGAGCUUGCGACUAUUCUGAUGUGGAUGGAAGCAGAACAUGGAAACACCAAAACCUGCCGCUGUGCUGAGUAUCAAAACAAUAAACAGCACUGCAUAGAAGUAUCUUCCAUAUUACCAACAGUGUUUGUACUUUGCAAUCCAGCUGUUUCAAAAAAAUGUUACUGGUUCCACAGCUACGCGAGUCGAGUAGCUAACCGUACUUCCAUGUAAUUCAAAGCGCCAUGAUUUUAUAGGUGUUCCGCAUAAAACUUUCCAUCACAUUGCAUUUCGCCAUUGGUACAAGGCAGGCAAAUAACAGACACCCUUAGACCUUGAAGCCCUUGGAUCUUCUCCGUCCACGAGCCCUCUCAAACUUCCGUCCCUUGCUACGCACAUAGGGUUUCUUGGCGAAUGUUAGCAUACCAAAUGUCACCAACGAACAAAGAAAAAGUCGGCCUACCUUGUGGCUGUGAGGGCCGAAGCCGAAGUGCUUGACGGCCUCCCGGGCAUUCUUGGGACCACGCAGCAACAGUGUGUUAGCUCCGGUGGGGGCCCGCAGGGCAAGCUGGUCCAAG